AUGGAGGAAGUGCAGGAGCGGAAAACCAUGAUCCUGGAGAAGAGGAAGCUCAUGGGCGACAAGAGGAUGAGCAUGGGAAUGAAGUCGUUCUAUGCCUCCUUCAUUGGCAGCAUUUUUCGCAUGAGCGACGAGCCGCGAACCUCGUUUUCGACCAUGGUCAAGAGACACAAGGCUGAUAGCAAAUAUGUGGAUGAACAUUUUAAGGACGAAGAGGUGGAGGAAUACAUACCCAUUUACCAAACUGUUUUCGACGACAAUAGGGACCCCGUGCUCGAGCCCACUUUUUCGAAACACCGCAUUCCUCUACAAAUUCGAUGUCUGGAGCGAUAUCACAACUCGAAACAAGGGUACGCCAAGCAGUUCAAGCGGGAGAUACAACUCCUGAUCGACAAUCAGCCGACUGCAGAAGAUGCCUGGCAAUUUGUAAGGACCAUGGCCUAUACCACACUUUGGCCCCCACUGCAUACAAGGAAAGAGCUCAAGAUUUUCGAAAAGGACUUUUGCAAACUUACCCCCACCGAGCAGAAUCGCUACAACAAAAUAAUGUCGACAAAUUUUACAUAAUUGCAGAAAUUUUUAAACCCAAAAAAAUAAUACAAAUUAAAUUUAUAAAGCCAUAAAGUUCUUUAAAAGAAAAUAAACGCCUUCUUGAUUUUU